AUGGACUGCUUUUCUAAACUCCCUGCUGAGCUCAGGAUCCGAAUCUUUUCUCAGUUCUCGUCCACAACUACAAUUUUUCGCCUCAUCCAAGCAUCUCCAAUCAUGCUUUUUCAGUACAGGGCAUCUAAAACAACUAUAAGACGGCAUUAUGUUGUCAACCUACUGAAUGGAGAUCGAUAUGAACAGCUCCUACAAGACGCCUUGUGCCUGCUUUAUCUGGAACUGGCCGAUAAUCGACCUGACAAUCACGUCAUGAGAUAUAUCAUUAUGCAGUGGUCCUCAAAGGCGUUACCCAAUCCUUUUGAAAAAAAGGAUCAAGCUACCAUUGAUGACCUCUAUAAACUGUUCUCCCAUAUGAGUAUGUUUGUGGAAGACUUCAUCAGCAAGGCCACUUCCUCAAACCCACCUCAAGCCUACCUUUGCCUUCCUCAAAUCGAGAUUCCAAGCAGAGGGCUCUACUACAACCAACACAGCUUUUGUCCAGAGCACGUCACUUUAGAUGAGCUCACUUCAUCAGAAUGUCAGCUUCUUGCAUGGGCAUUUAUCAGAUAUGACAUGCUCUGCAAAAUUGAUGGACAUAAGGCGGCAUUGCUGUUAGACGACGGGGAAUAUAGUGCUAUUACCAAAAAGUGCUUUACGAGACAAUUCCGCCGACCCGCAGCCCGGAAGGAUAUGAAGCUGCCACAACAAUGUAUUCCUGCAUUGUUAGGAUAUGUUUAUGAUUUGUCAGACCUCGGCUUUGAUCUACUCAGAAAUCUAGUACUCUUUGCAAACAAGACACAGCCCGAAGAUAUGCGAAGCUGGUUGUAUACGAUACUUUCCGAUUGGAGGAGGUCGCAGCAUCCGUCCCCUCGCAAUCAUGGCUUUCCCCUUAUCAGAAGGCUUUCGAUAGACUUAAACAGCUGUCUAGAUGGCUCGCUGAGAUCUUCCUUAGUGCAGAGAUUGUCUCUUACUCACUCAUUGGAUACCGUCCCUCCAUUCAGCAUUCUACCCUCGAUCUUGCAACGCAGCAUAUUUAGACAACGAGCGUGGGUUUUUCUGGAUGAUACGCGACUUUGCCAGAAGGGUCUUGACCACUUCCCGACAAUCGAAGAGCUUGAUAAGCAACAAACCACUGCGUAUGGAGUCGAAUACGUGCCUGGAGUCGAAGAGGGACAACGACUGCGCCUGUUACAACUUUACCAGUAUCGAAGAGAAGCGGGCAUCAAGGACACUCAAAACGAACGACAGGAGUAUAUUUUUAGAGAGAAUGAUGAAGCUUCCAUUCCUCGCUUCUUUGAUCAAACGGGCAAUAGAGAUGUGACAACAUUUUGGCGACACAUCCGAAACUAG